AUGUCUGGAGAAGUAGGAAAAACAGUCCUUAUUCAAUCGUCUACUGGGGAGUUGUAUUUGACGGCAAUGAACGAUAGUAAAGGUUCUAAAAUCCAACUUCAAGAACGGGGUGCUGGUGGUCUUCAGUCUUGGAUUUUAAAGCAAAUAAACGAUGAUACUUACGCCAUUGUUUGCCUAACCGGUGGAUCUGAUUUUCUUGCCGUUAAUAGCAAUGGUGCUAAUAAAGAUUACACCUUGGAUAUUUAUAACAAUACUUCAAAUUCUCAACAAUUCACUAUCAGCUUUUCCGAUCCAACUUAUGCAGUUUUUACAAAUGCUAAUGAUAGUCAAAUGACAUCUACUUCUAAUGCAAGCUUUCAACCAAAUAACAAAAUCGGUUCAUAUAAUAAAAGUGAAACUAGUAAAUGGAGUUUAAUCCCAGUUAAUCCUUAA